UACAUAACCAAAUUGAUAUAUCUCAGUCUUGUAAAAUUUAACUGAACUUGGAGGAUGAAGUCCAGCCUAAUGCAUUUUGUUCCCCCAGUGAGUAGAGAAAGAAGAAUCUCCCAGUUUCCCAAGUGGUACACACCUGAGGCCUGUCUGCAGUUUAAAGAGCACUUCCAUGCACAGGUCAGGACUGCUUGUCAGCACAGCACUGCAACAGCUGGGCUGAAAAUAUCCAAAGUGGUUGUGGUAGGAGACCUGUAUGUUGGGAAGACCAGUCUUAUCAACAGAUUUUGUAAAGAUAAUUUUGACCGAGACUACAAGGCGACCAUUGGAGUAGAUUUUGAGAUUGAACGUUUUGAGAUAAUUGGAAUGCCAUAUAACCUCCAGAUAUGGGACACAGCGGGUCAGGAGAAGUUCAAGUGCAUUGCAUCUGCUUACUACCGAGGAGCAGAGGUUAUAAUAACUGUGUUUGAUCUGGCUGAUAUCCAAACUUUGGAUCAUACCAAACAGUGGCUAGAGGAUGCAUUGAGGGAGAAUGAGCCAGAUUCCAGCUUCAUCUUUCUGGUUGGAACAAAAAAAGAUUUGGUGUCAGAUGCUGUGUGUGAAAGGACAGAGCUGGAUGCCAUCCGUUUUGCCAAGGAGAUGAAGGCAGAAUACUGGUCAGUCUCAGCCAAAACAGGAGAAAAUGUCAAAGAAUUUUUUUCCCGAGUUGCUGCCUUGGCCUUUGAACAGUCCAUGAUAAAGGAGCUGGAGAACCCUCCUAGGCAGAGGGCCCAAAUUGGGGCAGGAAAUCUCAUCAAACUAGAGAAGAACAUUAUGGAAGUUCCAGAAGACAACGCUCAAGUCAGCCUGAGUUGCUGCUAACUGUCACACUGUGAGAAGUACCACACUUCUCUGCAACAAUGCUCUCAAACCAGAAAUGGAGAGCUUUAAUUUUAGAAAUGAGGGAGGAAAAACUUACCCAAACUUUCUUGCUGAGAGUUCCCUUGCUGCUGCAGGCUCCCCGUGCAGGGUGCUACAGUUGUUAUGUAACCCUUCCUCUGUGUAGUUGAAACAUUGCAUCCUUGUCUUAAUGCAAGAAGACAUUGCCAGUGCCAUGGCCUCACCUGUCAGCCAGAAGGGCUUGGUGUCAAAAAUGAUGUCAUUUUAGUAAUUUCGUUUUUUGAUAGUUCUUUAGAAAUCUUAGCUAGUGAAGUGGCAUUCUUGUGGGAGCAGGAAACAAGUAGCAGUUCAGAAUGAAGGGUGCUAUCAAUAUGGUUUUGCUUUUAAAAUCAUAAUGUAAAAUAACUCUGAUUUGCUUUUAUGCAUUACAAGUAUUUUAAAACUACUUGAAAAUAAAUCUUUUAAAGUAUCAGGACUGGAAGUACACAAAUGCAAACUGCAUAGUUUCCACUGUGGUUUCUCCAUCCAGGAAAAAUGUGUAUUACUUUUCAUUUUCCACUUGAGAAUCAGAGCCCAGUAUUCAAUAUUUCCAAACCUAAAAGAAGUCCAGGUAGGAACUUGGUUGUUUUAAAACAGCAGUCUAAUAUUUUGAAAAUGUUGCCAGAUAAGAAUGCUAUCCUUUUCCAUUCUCUUAAAUAAGAAAGACACAGGUGCAUAAUAUGGAAAACAUAGUAUUUCCCUUGAUUUUUCCAAUAAGUCUCUGAACUCUAAUAUUCUGUAUCUAGCUUAGAAUUCCAUGCUUCUAGGAUUCAUAUCCAGAAUAUGAGGCUUGCUGGCAUAAAAA